AUGACCAUCGCCAGCCUCUUCAAAGCCUCCUUCUUACUUGGCAUCACUCUUUUAGCCACCGGUCCUGUUGCUAAUGCACAGAGUGCCGCUCAAGUUUUCGAGAAGUUACCCGCUUGUGCUAAGCUUUGCAUCGUCACGGCGUACUCCGCCAUGAACAACGCAUGUGCCCAGACCGACGCGGCUUGCUUCUGCAAAAAUACCGCGUUCGUAACUACCAGUGGUACAUGCUACGCCAACUCGUGCACAGGCGAUGAUCUAGCCACCGCGCGCGCCUGGGGACUCAACAGUUGCGCCCAAGCAGGUGUUACCUUGCAUCCGGCCAAUUCUACUGCUCCGGCUUCUACCGGCGCUAGCGCUACCCCUUCGACCUCCUCUAGCUCCUCUACGAGCUCCACUCCCGCCGAAGGCGCGAAAUCUUCCGCCAGCUCAGUUGCCUCUUCGUCCGGCUUGAUUGCUUGCUCUCUAUUGGCAAUUGUCUCAACCCUGUAA